UAAAAGAUGCGAUAUUAGUACACAUCGAUACAUUCCGUCCCUAAGGCGAAGACACAUCUCUAUCUAUCACCCAAGUGCUCCUGAUCAUUUUCAAGACACUCUCAUUCGUAUCCAAAGCCUUCAUUGAGUAUCAUUUCCAGAACAUGGCUCCAUGGCACUUGCCUCAACAAGCAAGCUUUGUACGCGUGUCGCUGAUCUUGAUCUUGAUCGCCGGGUGCCAAGGAGAAACGGAGUGUAACGAUCCAGGCGAACAGUUUGGCCAUCGGAUCACUUUAGAAACAUUCUUGAACAUCCCCAAAGAUAAACCGGCAUUUAGUGACGAUCUCGUGAAUAUGAAUGACUAUCAGGUACCGGUGGGUUUUGACCUCGAAGAGGCUGUUUACAACCUUACAGAUGGUCCCGGGUAUUACGUGAUCAAACAAGCUUUCUCGGAGGAGGACCUCCAGUUGGCCAGAGACAGGGUGCUAUUUAACACGAACCCCUACAAGAAUCGGACCAAUUCUCUGGAGCCAAACGAAGAACGCCACAAUAAUUAUAAGGGCAUGAGCUGGAAUUUGCUGAACAAAGGUCGAAUUUUCUCCAAGAUUAUCCAACAUCCCGAAAUUUUACAACUUGCCAAAGCUAUUCUCGGAGAAAACGUGCAUAUGUCUUCUUUGGCUUCAAACACAGUCCUCCCAGGUAUGGUGGGUCAAAGACCUCAUUUGGACUAUCCGUAUUACAAACCUUUCUUUCCGACAAAAAAUUAUCAAAUCCCGGAUCGUCUGGGUCUUCAAUAUGUGACCAUGUUAACUGAGUUCAAUUCCAAUAAUGGCGGGACUGCAGUUCGACCCCAUUCUCACCAUAUUCCCACGUAUCCCUAUGACGAAGAUGAAUUUUUUGCCAACGCCAUGCAAGCCCACGGAUCUCCGGGCGACGUGAUUGUGUUUGCAGGUUCUAUUCAACAUUGUGCCAUGCCCAACAAAAGCAAAUACGCUAGAGCAGCCAUCCUCGCACAAAUGAUUCCCGUCUACAUCAAACCUUUUGAGGACAUGCGUUUGGAGCCAAGUGUUUUGGAGGAGGCAUCGCCAGAAAUGCGGAAACUUCUAUCUUUAGACCAUCUCUACCCAAUGCUGAAAGAUGUUUGAUUAUCAGCAAAUAUUGUUGUAAUGAAGUAUUACUUCUCUCUUACUUUCUGCAUGUCUCCACAAAAGUCAUAAAUUGCUCAUGAUGCUGGUCAAGA